AACAUUAAUACAAUUGCGCAGUUCACGGACCGCUGUCUGCAUGCCUGUUGCUCAUCACAAACUUGUGACAGAGAUGUCUACUACACUGAGUCUGCGUCUCCUUCACUGCUACUCAAAGCCAGGCACAUUUGGUCCAGGGGUCAUUCGUCCAUUCAGUCUCAGUGUGCAGAGAGAAGGCUACAAGUAUGUUAAUGCUCAGGAGCCGGCGACAGACCUGAGGUCCAUCACCGACCGGGCGGCCACAACCCUCCUUUGGACCGAACUUUUUAGAGGUUUGGCGAUGACCAUGAGUUACCUGUUCCGUGAGCCUGCCACCAUCAACUACCCCUUUGAGAAGGGCCCUCUGUCACCCCGCUUCCGCGGAGAGCACGCGCUUCGCCGCUACCCUAAUGGAGAGGAGCGCUGCAUUGCCUGUAAGCUGUGUGAGGCCAUCUGCCCUGCUCAGGCCAUUACCAUUGAAGCUGAGACUCGAGCUGACGGCAGCAGGAGAACUACACGCUAUGACAUUGAUAUGACCAAAUGUAUCUACUGUGGCUUCUGCCAGGAAGCCUGUCCUGUUGAUGCCAUUGUUGAGGGUCCAAACUUUGAGUUCUCCACAGAGACCCACGAGGAGCUCUUGUACAACAAAGAGAAGCUGCUCAACAAUGGAGACCGAUGGGAGGCUGAGAUAGCGGCCAACAUAAAGGCAGACUACUUGUACAGAUAAAUCUGUACACUGCCAGCGGAGAUGUGUCAUACAUCAUAAAAAUUAUAUAUCUUAUUAUCCUCCUAUGCAUUAAAGAGAUUAUUUGUAGCUUUAAAGAUAUUCCAGUGAGUUACAAAUGAGCAGUGAAGCCUUGCAGCCUCAGGACUGAGAAAAAUACAAACACGCACAAAUCAAAUGUCUUGUGGUGUAAAGACUGAUGAUACUGUACUUUAUGAGGUUGAGUUAUUAGUGUGUAACUCAUGUAGUUUAUGCACAGUCUGUGAUGCACUUUUUCUUCUGCUGCACUUUAUAAAAGCACAUUCUAUCUGACGUAAUAGUGUGGACAUUUCUGAAAGAGUAUGUUUAUGUAAUUUUGCUCAGGCAACUUAAGAUACUGAAAU